AUGAUUGGAGUUCCCGAGGGCUCCAGCUCACUUUUGACAACUGGAGUUUACGGCAUGGUCAAGCUGGCGACGACCAUAAUCUACUUGUACUUCAUUGUCGAUCGAGUCGGCCGUCGGCUUCCACUCAUCAUUGGUGCCACUAUCCAGGCAACAUCGAUGCUUUACAUCGGUCUCUUUCUCUGCUUCUCUGAUGUUGAGCUGGGUAGCGGAACCACCCCCGGUGGUAUCGUAGGCAUUAUCAUGAUCUAUCUUUACGCCUUCGGCUAG